GGGAUGGAGCGGGCGGCGGGCGAGGCCCGGCCCCUGCUGCGGGCGGCGGGCAGCGCCGGGCUCUCCUCCGCCGGCGCCGUGUUCAUCAUGCUGAAGUCGGCGCUGGGCGCCGGGCUGCUGAGCUUCCCCUGGGCCUUCAGCAGGGCCGGCGGCACCGCCCCCGCCCUCCUGGUGGAGCUGGGCUCGCUGGUUUUCCUGGUGAGCGGGCUGGCGGUGCUGGGCUACGCGGCGGCCCUCAGCGGCCAGCUCACCUACCAGGGGGUCGUCCGGGCGGUGUGCGGGGCGGCGGCAGGGAAGCUGUGCGAGGUUUGCUUCCUCCUCAACCUCUUCAUGAUCUCCGUGGCCCUCCUCAGGGUGGUGGGCGACCAGCUGGAGAAACUGUGUGACUACCUGUACCCCAACGGGAUGGUGACCGGGGCCCCCCCGCCACCCCCCUGGUAUGUGGACCAGCGCUUCACCCUCUCGACUCUCUGCGUCCUCGUCAUAUUCCCACUGUCCGUCCCCAGGGAAAUCGGCUUCCAGAAGUACUCCAGCAUCCUGGGCACGCUGGCUGCCUGCUACCUCACCCUGGUCAUCGUCCUGAAAUACCACCUGCAUGCAGAGAGCCUGGGCUCGCCUGAGCCCCCCCAGCCCUCCAGGGAAACCUCCUGGGCCUCUGUCUUCAGCGUCAUCCCCACCAUCUGCUUUGGCUUCCAGUGCCACGAGGCCUGCGUGGCCAUCUACAGCAGCAUGCGCAACCAGAGCUUCUCCCACUGGGUCGCCGUCUCCGUGCUCUCCAUGCUCAUCUGCCUGCUCGUCUACUCCCUCACCGGGAUCUAUGGCUACCUGACCUUCGGCGAGGCCGUGGCAUCCGACGUCCUGAUGUCCUACCCAGGGAACGACCCGGUCGUCAUUGUCGCCCGCCUGCUCUUUGGCGUCUCCAUCGUCACCAUCUACCCCAUCGUGGUGCUGCUGGGCAGGUCGGUGGUGUGGGACCUCUGGGCAACCCCCAAGCGCGGGGCCGCGGCGGUGCCCGAGGUGCGCGAGCAGCGGAGCCGGGUAGUGCUGACGGUCGCCUGGAUGGCUGCCACGCUCGCCAUCGCCCUCUUCGUUCCGGACAUCGGCAAGGUCAUCGAGCUCAUCGGCGGCAUCAGUGCCUUCUUCAUCUUCAUCUUCCCAGGCAAGAGACUGUGCCUGGUGUGCAUGACCGGGACCCGCACCCUCGGGCCACGCAAAAAGGCUGCUCUCAUCGCCUGGGGCGUCCUCUCCGUGCUCGGUGGCACCUUCGUCUGCGGGCAGAGCGCUGCGCUGGCCGUGCUGGGGCUGCUGCGCUGAGGGGCUGCGGACCACCCCCGCAUCGUGCCCCCCACCAUGAUCCCCCCCCCUCCCUGUGUCCCCCCACCCCCGUCCCAGCCCCAUCGGCCUGGGCAGCCGCCCCGGACUCGGCUACACUGCUGGAUCCCAUCGCGGUUUUAUUUGGCAUCUCCGUCCCUGUUGUACAGCGGCUAAUAAAGGCGGGACAGGGUA